CGGACAGGCACAGCAGAUCAGCAGGACCAGAGCGCAGUUGUCCUCCUGAAGGAUAGUUCUGAGUAUUAUUUUUUUGACUAAAAGUGGAAUCACUGUGCCCCCUGCACUCAAACAGGAUGUCGGAACUUUCCGUGAAUGACCACCUCGAAGGGAUUCUAUCAGACUUUGAAGCACUUAAGAGAUCCUUCGACAUUGAAGAUGCGGAUGAUAUUCCGGCCUUCUCCACAACUUCCCCUGUCUCCACCCCUGUUUCUCCCCGUACCCCCAAUUUCUUCCUGAACCACAACGAAGCAAGUGAGAUGCGGGGAGGAGGUUGCCAGGCCCCUUCAUUAUCCCUCAACAACAAUAACAACAACCUGGGCUCAACAGCUCACCACCCCCACAUUAGCCUUAAUUCUAAUCCCAGCCCAGUGCUAAAAUCCCGUACUGUAGGCAGUAGCCUGUCCUUCAACAGAGGAACCUUGAACACUCCAGCCAUCCACAACAAUGGCUCCUCUAUGGCCAGAGCUGCAUCCUUCCAGAGCAAAGGCAAAAGGUUAAACCCUAAUGGAUACUCCAUGUUGACUGGGCCCGGCAGUGACAACGACAGCCUUCAUAGCUCCACAUCCAGCCUGGAGUUCUCUGGAGGUAGUGGGGGUGCCCUCACUUUUACUAAAAUGGGGUCAUAUUCCGGGCCUACUCCUCCAGGGGAGUACCCCCAAACUGAGCCCCAGCUCCCACAACAAUGCUUAGAGCAAAGUGCUGUCUUGGGUAGAAACCCCAACCUUAGGAAGUUCUCCUCCCAUGGUAGUGUUUUCCACUCUAAGAAAGACCAGGGGCCAGGUAUAAUGCAGGGUCUUUCAGAGCCUCGGGGGAUGAGCCAUGGUUCCAUAUCCAGCCUAGACCUCCAAAUCUGUGAUGGAGGAGGAGGAAUGGUGAGUAUGCAUCGGGAUGGGGGCAUGAGGCAUGCCAGUGUUAAUGCCCACUGGUAUGGUUGCCUUCAUAAUGCCAGUUCCUAUGGGGAGGAGGACUACUGUGGCCCCAAAACACUUUGCCAGCAGCAAGGGCUCCAAAUUCUCGAGGCUGCACAGCCCAAGGCUAAAGAGACUCCACGCCUCAACAAGUUUCCCUUGGAUCUGGACAGCUUGGUUAGCAUCCCCUCAACUCUCAGCCCCAAACCUCAGCCAAGGAGCACAGGAUACCACCUGCUCCACAUCAGCCCACCGUCCACUUCAGCCAGCCCUUCAGCCUCUCUCAGCAGCCUGAACAGUUCUUCUGACACCCCACCAAUCUCCCUCCACCAUCCCCUUUUGCCUUUCUCUCCAUGCUCUCCAAUUCUUACACAGGUUUCAAUCCCUGUCCCGAUACCCUUUUCUGCAGCCCAAAACCCCCAACUAGGGCCCCAGAUUGUUCAGGUAAUCUCUAAGCUGCCUGGCCCCUCCAGCCACUCCAGCCACAGAGCCAUCCAGUCGUUGGAGAAUGAUGUAGGUGAUGUCAAAGAUAGCGUAGGCACAAUCUUACAGAGGAUCGCUUCCUUCUCCCAGCAUGUUGUCACUGACACCAUCCCAACAGGAGUGACCCAGCCCCUCACUGUCCAAAGCAAUGGUGGGUUGUCAUCCACAUUUGAGUGUUCAGCCCGGACCACAACCAGAUGGGGGAUGAAAAAACGUAAAGAAAAUACUGGAGAGGUGGAGACGGACCCACUAACCCUAAUGGAUGAGAGACAGAUGAAGGAGAGAAGCAUCAUGGGACAAGAGCAGGGAGAUGAUGGAAAAACCCAAGUACAACCAGCCAGCAUGAAUACCCAGAAUUCCAUGGCAGAAAAAGAGUACAGUGUUGGAGUGCAUGCAGAGAUGGAGGAGAAGAGGAAAGAGAAAGGAAUGGAAGAAGACGAGAUGGAGAAAGACAUGGAACUGGAGGCGGAGGUGAACGUGGAGCUUUGCCAGUCUGGGCCAGGCCUGCAGAUGAGCUUCAUCCGGGGCACUGACCUGUUUGGGUACAUUGGUAUUGAGGCAGUACUGGACCAGAUGAGGAGCAAGACCAAGAAGGCUGGCUUCGAGUUCAACAUCAUGGUGGUUGGUCAGAGUGGUUUGGGCAAGUCCACACUGGUCAACACUCUCUUCAAGUCCAAAGUCAGCAGGAAGUCCUGCACACCAAACAAUGAAGAGAAGAUCUCCAAAACAGUCAAACUGCAGACAGUCAGCCAUGUGAUUGAAGAGAAGGGGGUGAAGAUGAAGCUGACAGUGAUUGACACUCCAGGAUUUGGAGACCAGAUUAACAAUGACAACUGCUGGGAGCCUAUAGUGAAAUACGUCAAUGAGCAGUAUGAGAAAUACUUGAGAGAGGAGCUGCAUAUCAACCGCAAGAGGAUAAUACCUGACAGCAGAGUCCACUGUUGCAUCUAUUUCCUCCCUGCUACCGGACACAGGUUACGCCCCAUCGAUGUUGAAUUUAUGAAGAGGCUGGGGAAGAUAGUGAGCAUCGUACCAGUCAUUGCAAAAGCCGACACACUUACCAUUGAGGAAAGACAGGAGUUCAAAGAGAGGAUAAGGCAAGACUUGGUGGACAAUGGGAUUCAAGUUUAUCCCCAGAGAGAGUAUGAUGAGGAUCCAGAGGAACGCAUACUCAACAAUAGUAUCAGGGAAAGCAUUCCCUUUGCCGUUGUGGGAACAGACAAGGAGCACCAGGUGAAUGGAAACAAGGUGCUGGGCCGUAAAACAAACUGGGGAAUCAUUGAAGUUGAAAACGUGGCGCACUGUGAGUUUGCCAAUCUGAGAGAUCUACUCAUCAGGUCUCACCUGCAGGAUCUGAAAGAUGUGACACACAAUAUCCACUAUGAGACCUACCGUGUACAGCGGCUCAACGAGAGCAACAUGAACUUCAGUGAACUGGGCCCGUUCAGUUGGCUGUUGGAGACUGGAACUACUGACAAAUGCGAAUCUGAGAGCCACCUCUGAUCUCUCCAUCAGUCUUCUUCUCCAUGCUCCUGCAGAGGAAUGCUGAUGCAUGCAGUCAGAAUGAGAGAUCAGAAAGACAGAGAGAGCAAGAGCUGUUUUUUCCCACAUGAAAAAUUAGAUGGAGAUUAUUUUUGCAUUGUUUUUCUUUUUUUUCUUUUGUUGAGAGAAACUAGUGAAUUGUUUGGAAAUUAAAAAUUAUAUUUUAGUUUUCACAUAAGUCAUAAGAAAUGCAUCAAAUAUGGAUAUAUUUUUGAAUGUGAACGCAUAUAUAUUUUGUGGAAGGAACAUGACAUACAGUAUACAAGUGAGAGCAGGCAGCCCAACAAACUCCAAUGAACAUAGGUCUCCCAAUAGAACCCAAGCAUCAUGGUCUCUGUUAUAUAAUUGGUACACUUCAUGAUCAGAUAUAUGUGCCUAUUAUCACCCAUUAUCAAUGUUGUACUGCACUAAUGCUUUUGUGGGUGAAUAGGAGCAUAUUGCAGUGAAGCGCAUAAUUAUUGCUUAGGUCCAGAGUCGGCGUCAGAGCACAUCUAACGGGGGGGCAUUCAGUGAAUGCGGGGGGUAAUUUUCUGCCACACAACAACUCAAUAUACUAUGUAAAUACGUGAUCAGUUUCCUGUCAGUAAUCAAUACGCUAAUUCAUGUCUUAUACAAAAACAUCCAAUCGAGCACGUUUUCACACAGGCACCGCAUAGUUCUCUCUCUCUCUCUCUCUCUCUCUCUCUCUCUCUCUCUCUCUCUCUCUCUCUCUCUCUCUCUCACACACACACUCACACAAACACACACACACACACACACACACACACACAGCAUCUCUCUCUUUCAUGCACGCACACAUGCAGCCAUGCUAUAAACAGGUAUGCAACGGCAGGCAAAAUAAGGUACAUUAAAAGCGCGAUUUACCUUUAGAAGAGCUGUAUGUGAUGAGUGUGGCCACUAAACCUUCAAAGAAUGGUGUCUUUCCACUUGAUGGUGCAUCUUCAGGUCAAGUCUCUCUCAAAGGCCAGCUGAACCAACUGGACCUGUCUUUUGUGAAGCAUUGCGCGUCUGUGGUCCAAAAACAAAUUUCGCAAGGUGGAGAAUGAAUUCUUGCACAUUGCCAUGAAGGCAACAAUGUCAGGGCAAGUUUAAACACAGUCACACACUUGGCAUCGCUAUCUGAAGUGUGUGGUACUUUGAGAGGAUGUACUGUAUAGUCCACCACGUAACCACUUCCUGAUAUCUAUUUAUAUUUUUAGCAAAUGUUCGUUGGCUAAGUUAGCUCACUGUGAGCUCUGUGCGCGCUUAUUUUGACAUGAUGACAAUGUCAACUUGGCGACGUCAAGCCUUCAGGUCAUAGGUCAACAGGUCAACCCCCGCCCAAACACUACUAACCCAAACGUGACUGUAUGCAAAUGAUCAACACUGUUUUUCCAAUAAUUUUGUUUUUAUUUUUUUUUUUAAUCUAAUCCUCACUGUAUAGUGACAUAAAUAAAUUGAUUAAUACACAGAUUAAUAAAAUAUAAAGUUUGGAACCAAAAGGCUGGACUGCAGGCAGGUGAGGGCAGAGGAAAAGGGAUGCUGACCCCGCUUAGGUCAAAUGUAUAUGAAGUGAACCAAGCUUUCCUUUAUAAAGAUUUGGAAAUGAUUUCAUGAUAGAAAUACAAUGAACACCAAACAGUAGCAAGUCCUCUUCAGUAAACUUCAAAUAAAAAGAUCUGCUGCUGUGCUGAGUGCUGCCUGUACAGUUUGACUGUGUCAGUUUUCUAAGAGCACCCUUGUUGUAAAACCUUGUAAGAAUCUAGUCAGCAGCAUACUGUGGAGAGAUGAAUGUGCCAGUGUGGUCUAAAGGGGAAUUCUGGUAUUUUUCAUGUUUAGUCAAUAGACCUGUUUGUUAAAUAAUAUCCUUUUUGUAAACAGAAACAAAAGUCUCUUUCAAUGAGAAAUCUUGCUCUGAAAUCUUAUGAGGUGAGAAUAUUAUUUACACCUACACCUACUUUUUCCACUGACAUGUCAAAAUGUCAUUUAUGAAAAAAGGUUACUAGUGUCGCAUGAUUACUAUUGUAGGAUAAGAAUGAUCAAGAUUUCUGUAGUCUGGUGGUACAGCAGUAUCUUUUAUCAGAUGGGAGCAGGAAGAACAGACUGUGGCUGUAUACUUUGGGCUUCAGACAUCUCACUUGACUGAUAUCAUUGAUGCUCUGUAGAUGGGUACUGCACCAGUGAUGUUCUUUGUUUUUUGGGCCUUGUUUGAAGGCUGAAAGGGGCCUCCUGCCCUGGACCUGCACAAACCAUGCCAGUUUAUGAGGUCUCCAGUCAGGAUGCUUUUUACUGCUCCCCAGUAAAAAUCAAGAAGAAAUGGCACAGAAGUGAGUCCUUCACAUACAAGCGUUUUCUAUGUUUUUCUUUUUUACUCCUUCUUUUACCAAUGUGGAGAUUUGUGGAUACUAUGAGGUUCGCUUGGAUGUUAAUUUCCAGGAACCUAUACUGGUUCACCUGCUCCACCUCAGCACCACUCAUGCAGACAGGGGUGUGUCUUUACUUCCUUUUUUCUAAAAUCAACAAUCAGCUCCUUGGUUCAGAGGUUCAGAGCAGUACAUUUUUCUCCAUGCACCACUAUGCAAGAUUUUUCAUUUCCUCUCUCUCUUACCAACAUUUGUAAUCUGGCAAAUGAUGGUGGUGUUCAUAUACUGUUGAAAACUUUCUACACACUGGCUUGUAAAGUGUUUAAAUGAUUUUGGAAUUACAUUAAGAUGGCAAACCAUGCUCAGCUGUCUUUUUCUGUGGAUUAUUAAAGAUUGAAAUAUAUUUUAGAGAACCUGAUUAUGAGCAGACCCUUUUCUAUAACUCUACAUAAUCUUUAAAAGACAUUAGCUUACACAUAUGCAACGAGAGAAUUACCGGAAACUUGUAGUUAAAAAACACUAACAUUUGAGCAUAAUCAAGCUUUGUGUUGGUCUUAUCCCGAUUGAAUAUAUGGCAAUACUUUUACUAUGCAACCAAAGAACUGAGGAUAGACCUUUCUUUUUUCAAAGUUAUUGCACACCUACCUGGUAUCUAAAAUUCAGUCCCUCUGAGGCAACUGGUCAUUGAAGUGACAAAAGACCCCUCCAUAAUCACACCUUACUUUGAUUCUGAUCACAUACAGCAUGUCAGACAUUCAUUGUACCUCUCAGCCCUGUCCCAUAUCCUGAGCCACUGUGUCAACCUCCCACCCUUGUGUCUUAUACUCAGCAUGUACUAAGAAGUUCACGUAUGAUCAUUGUAUUUUUUAUAGUAUUAACAAUACACAUGUUAACACUGUUGAUUUACAAUUAAAUUCUUGCUACCAUUUCA